AUGAACAAAGAAACGACUUUAAUUAAACGGCUCGAGGCUGUUGCCUCCAGAUUAGAGGACAUCGCGGAGGCGUAUGAGAGCUCAGGAAUCAGUCCUCCCGGUGAAGAACUAAAACGACUCAUAUCAGGGAUUGGUGCAGCACCCAAGCAAUCCGAGGCUAACACUUCAGCUCUAGCCGCCGAGGAGAGCUCCGAGGAUCUGCCCAUACCCAUCCAAGAAUUCGAAGCUUUUCUACAAACAAGCGUUGGUAAUUACGUUGAACUCAGUAAUGACUUGGGAGGCCCUGUCGCAGAACAGGCGUCCGCCGUGAAGGCUUGCUUCCAGGAGCAACUGAAUAUCAUGGUUGCUGCAAGCAAGACUGUGAAGCCAGAUGUGGCGGCAUGGCAAGAGAUGAUCAGGCCAAUGAGCAACGCAGCCACUCGCGUGGUGGAAAUUCAGGAGGCCAACCGAUUUGACGUUUUGCAUAAACAUCUGACCUGUGUCGCGGACAGUAUGCCUGUCAUGGGGUGGAUAGGUAUCGAAAUGCGUGCCUUCAACCACGUCAAUAAAUUCUUCGAAUUUUCUCAGUAUUUCGGGAAUAAAAUAAUUCAAGAAUACAAAGACAGGUAA